CUCCACGAUACCCGACCUAGCCUCUGAAUCUCCGCCCAGCUUAUCUUCCCGCCAUUUCAGUCACUGCUAUUCAAACCUCGGUCGACUUGAUCCUUCUAGGCCUUGUUGACGACGACUUCACGGGCGAAUCUUGGUGAUCAUCUCCCAACGAUGACUGCUGGAAACCAGCUUGUCAUUAUGCUGAAGCAAAAUGCCUUCUACAACAACCAAAAGGGUCUCACGUGCGAGACUUCGGACCAAGACCGGAUGCAUCACCUGCAGAGAUCGACGUAAGAAGUGCGAUGAGCGUAGGCCAAUCUGUCAGGCAUGUCAACGUCUCAAGAUCUACUGCUGCUAUAGGGAUGCUUCUGAAGGGCUCAAAUCACCGACUCCGACCCCAGCUGUUGUCGCCGAGAGCCCUGCUGAAGACCAUGAUUCGGUCGAGAUAGUACCAACUCCUUCGCCACAAAGCACGUCCCUAAUCCUUCGCCCACAAGGUCUGAGGACUCAACGAGACUUUGACCUGUUUCACUACUGUUCGGAAAGAUUCAUCCCACUUUUGACCAUCCCUGACGCCACAUACGAGUUCCGAGAUGCCGCCCACGUGUUUGCAGUCGGCUUCGACGAGCCUUGGGUCAUGCAUGCCGCCCUCGCCCCAGCUGCACUCCAUGCAUCACACGCCGAGCUCAUCCCCAAAGAGGACGCCAUCGUCUAUACUCAGAGUGCCCUAGAAGGACUACGCCGUGCAACCGAACGGGUGGUAGCUAGUUCUGAAUCGAGGGAAACCUUUCUUGCAGCUUCCUUGUUCAUGGGUGUGUUUGAGGAUUUCUACUCUUCACUAUCGAGUUCCAGCCUCACCCACUACCGUGCGAUUGGCAAGGUGUUGGAGAUGAAAGUCGAUGGAACAGCUCGACUGGACUUGAGCCGCAUGUCAUUCUUUGAAAGAACCCUAUUGGACUCGGUCCUCUACCAUUUCUCCACCAGGAUCUUAUACGAACGCGACAUUGAACUCAGCUGCUCCGCAUUCCCCAGCGUAGCCAUGGCGAAAUACAUUGACGCCCUGGAGCAUGCACCCAAAGACAACAGUAAUCGAGAUACCAUUCUACCCGUGCUGGGCAAGAUUCCCCCUGCCAUUUUCCUCCUUAUCUAUCAAGUUACUUGGCUGAGUCGGCAGCAUCCGCUGGACGAGUCGAACCAAUCGCUUGCCGUCGACUGUCUUGCCGAGUUGGAUGCGUUCCAAGAAAGAUACCCAGCACUCGCAUUCUCACCGACCGAUAGCCUUGUGGGCAUGCGGAAUUCAGACAUUACCCCCAAACUCUACGCACUUGCUCUACGAAUUUUUCUUGCCAAGAUCAUCGACCCGGACAACGUCUCGUGCGAUUCGCCUUGGAUCCAGGAGCUCUCCAGAAUCGGCUUUCGGUUGCUGCAAAGGUACGAUGGCACCGAACCAUGUGGACAGCUGAUAUGCUGGCCUGUCGUGGUGUUGGGCUGUGCCGCAUGUCCCACCACCAUGGACGAAGCCAUCCUAGAAUCUGUCGACGGCGAUUUUCUUUCUGACAGUUCUCACAUGCGUCAGAAAUUGCAAGAGGUCCUACUCCAGAUUUGGAAGGUUUCGUAUUCGGGCAAUGUCCGAAGGACAGCGAGUACGUUACGGCAAAUUUGGGCACUGCCGACGUUUCUCAUCAGGACUCCCUCUGUUGAUUCCUUACCCACAAAUCAGAUCAGAUAUGACGGUUUGAAGGCUUUGAUCUCUAAGGCUGGUCUUGGUCCCGAGAGCUUUUCGUCGUUGCCGUGAAUAAUAAUUUGGCCUGCUACGACAAAGUCAUUGCUGCACCAAGAUGCGAAAAACUACUGACGAUUCGAUGAGCCACGUUACACGAGUUUUAUAGCCUAAUUUAAUGACCAGUGGCGUACGUAUCAUGCUCUAGAUCUUGUCGACUGCCUCAUGCCUUGUUCAGAAUCGAAUCAACCACUCGAGAAAUAUUGAUGACCUCUUCGUCUCGCAUACGAGUGGUGGCUACCUGUAUGGAGACUGGGGCGCCAUCGAAAAGCUCAGGAAUGUCUAGCACGGCGCGUGUUAGAUAUACUGCGUCCAAUACACGAAGCCAGAAUUCACUUACAGCUUGUUCCAGCUUGUCCAGGCUGUGGCUGGAAUGGCUCGCUAUCAAUUUCCUUGGAAGCCUUACUGAACGGCAUGACCACGGAUGGAAACUGAUUAAAGGUUAAUCCGGUAGCCGGUACGACAGAGAUUUAAUCAACUUACAUCGAGGACAUUGAAGAGGACGGUAUAAGGUGGCCAGCCAAAGGUGUCAUGUGGCACAGCAGUGUUCUGUGCGGCUGGUGCAAUGAUGGCAUCCAGCUUGUGG